AUGUGGACCCAAAAGCGGGCCCUUCGGGCCUCCUGCGACAACUGUCAUCAAGCCAAAGUCAAAUGCAUUCCCACUGCGUCUGGAUGCCAACGGUGCCUGGGUCUGAAUGCUCUCUGCAUUCACAGUCCACCUGGUCGGUCUGGUCGCGCUCCAGCGGCCAGGCCGAGGUCGUCUGGCGGACAUCAGCAGGCAAGACAGCCACUGCAUGUUCCAACCCCACCACAGAGCAACCCCUCGCAACCGCUCAGCGAGUUCAACGAUCUGACGCACCUCCGCAACUCGGAUAACGACGAAGAUAUACAUACUCAAGGGGCACACUCUUCUGUGGAUUAUUUCUCAACGAUCGUUGAAAAUGAGGCCCAUACCAUCGAGCCCAUUGAUCCGAUGUUGGCUGAUUGGUUCGCAAGCUCCUCUGUGAAUCCCCUGCAAACUGGGGACCCUGGAGGGAGCAUGGCUGAAUCAUCCAAUUUCUAUACUUCAUCCCACGGCACGGCAACUCCUAUCCCCCAAGCAACCUCAGACUUUGUCCCAGGAGUUGCUUCUACAAGUUCCAAGACCAACUUGCAGUCCCUGUCAGGCACACAGCGGGGCCACGCUUUCUUUGGGUCAAACUCUCAGGAAUCACUAUGCGCCUGCUUCCACUCCAUAAUCCGAGCACUGGAGAAAAUUCAAUGCGCAAAUCUGCGUCUUCUUACCCUGGAUGUGGCACUGACACAGAAUAAGGAGGCGCUACUUCGUGUCUGCAAUGCUUUGAAGUGUGGUACGCCUCACGAUAGCACGACGCGCCUCGUCAUACUGCUCCUCCUCCGUAAGAAUCUGCAUUUCUAUCAUCUCAUUUAUCAGUCACGGCUUAGGGACCGGCGAGAGGUGAACAAUGAGACACCCAAUGCUUCCACUACUUCUCUAUGGUCAUCGCUCGAAUCGCACACGAAUCAGCCCAGCCAGGGACACGACUCGGUCUUCUUCACUAGGCAAAUACAUGGACACAACAGCCAAGGAAGAAAUUCAAGGCUCACAUUGGGCACAUAUCAAUUAGAGGGUGCAGAUGAGGCCUCUCUUACUAAACACAUUCUGCUCUUGGAUGUAAAGAAGGUACCGCGACUGCUUGAAAGACUGGAUCAACGGGCAUGUGGACUUGAUGAAGCGGACGGACUAGAUAUGUAUAACAUUAUGCGUAGUGCAUUGAUAGCGGAGUUUAGAAUGGUUAUGAUGGAUGUCGAAGCCUGA